CUAGCAUGAAAAUAAAAAUGAGGGCCAAAGUCGUGAAACAAGAGUUAAAGGAAGAAAUCAUAGAAGAGAGUAGUGAGAGCUACGAAACGGGUGGGACAAUGGCGACCACGAAUUUGACGCCCGGCGAGAUGCUAGUACACGUCGACGACGUAGAAUUUUCGAACUUUGAGGCGAUCAAUGAAUUCGACGUGCCAGCGAUGCCUACUCUCAACAUAAUCAAUGACAGCGCGAACUUUUCCCUCAGAAUCGAGGACGACGAAGACGACUUAUCCUCCACCGGAAAUGUGCCCAGGGCAUGCAAAUACAUGCAAAAUCUUUGCAUAGACGGGGACGAAACGAAGUGCGACUCCUGUGUGGUUCCCGCAAGCGAUGUUGAAACAAGCGCGAAUACGUUUAACGGCAUCUCGACACCAUCCAUUAAAGCAAGGACGAGACAGUCCCUGCGUAACGAAACAACGAAUCGAAAUUUCGCGAGAUCGAAGAUUCCGAGCCCGGUCGGCACACCGGUCCAGCCAUCGACGAGUAAGUAUAGCAGCAGCGAUCCGCUCGAACAACGGCUUGUGCGCCCGGCCACAGAGCCGGCUCCGAUUCAAAAGAUGCCGGACAUGCUGAAAAUUUCGCCGAUUUCGCCCAAGCGACAAGAGAUCAAGCUGAGAUCGACAAGAGAUCCGCUCGAACAACGGCUUGUGCGCCCGGCCACAGAGCCGGCUCCGAUUCAAAAGAUGCCGGACAUGCUGAAAAUUUCGCCGAUUUCGCCCAAACGACAAGAGAUCAAGCUGAGAUCGUCGGUGCUGCAGCAGCUGCUGAAAAAGUGCUGCAUCACCUGCAGCACGUUCUACGACCUCGGCGGACCCGAGGAGUUUUGCGAGCAGUGCGGCACGGCCCUGUUCUGCAAGUGCAUCCUCUGCGACGCCAUGGUGUUCGUGAGCCUUUACGGGCUCUCGAGGCACGCCAUGGAUUUUCACCACAUCGAGAUGCCGAUGAUCGCUCGACCGGAGCCCUUGGACGCGAUGGGCAUCAAGCGGCUCUGCGUUCACCACUGCAAGCACUGCAACAACUCGUGCAAGGUCAUGCGCGAGACCCUCAUCACCUGCCAGAACUGCAACUCCAGGAUGGCCUUCAAGUGUCUCAUCUGCAAGAAAACCUUCGAGACGGUCGAGGAGACGCUCAAUCACAUCAACGCGACGCACCACUCGGAGUGCGACGAGACACGAUCGUUUUCGCCGAGCAGCGACAACGAUUCGACGAAUCGACCGAUCAACAGUCCCACUCCAUCCGAACUAAUUAUACCCAAGAGCUCCAAGCGUACAAGGAGCUUAAAUGAAUCUAUUGACGAAUCGAUGCGCCAAGGAACUGUAGUUGAGCUGAACGAGCCAAAUGACCAGGGUCUUAACGACGACGUGGACCCAAGUGAGACUGCUUCUGCGAUCAAUACAUCAUCGAUCGAGAAUUUCGCAUCGUCGUCGCGUCGGGCGGCCCAAAAAAAGAGGAAGAUUUCCAAACCAAUGAUUUCGAAAUCGACGGCAGUUCCGCCACGAAAAACUCAGAAAGCUACCGCGGCUGCAGCUUCUCCUAUUCCAGAAGCAAAACAAGGUGCGGUUACGGCAACAACGAAAAAGCUAAGGUCUUCUCUUAAGAAAACUCAGAAAAACGAUGUAAUAAGUGAAAAACUUAGAGCGGAACAAAAUGAAUCAAUAAACGAUCAAAAUCUGGACUCGACGAAACAAGCCACUUUUGUCAAAAUUUCCUCAGGAAAAAAUAAAGUUACCUAUUCAUGUACCAAGUGCCAAUUCAAAUCGAUGGUACUUACUGGAAUUAAUCAUCACAUUCGCGCAAUGCACCGCCUCACGAGACGUUCAGAACCCGUACAUUUGCAAGUCGAAGCAAACGAAUCAAUAAGAUCUCGAAGAUCUCUACAGAAUUUAUCGAGCAACUCAGUUGAUGGUAAGAAAAAGUGCCUUAAGUGUGGCCAAUUUUACACCCAAAUGAUUGAGCACGAAAAAAUAUGCAUCAGUAACUUGAAUAUUUAUAAGUGCCCAUUUUGCACAUUCAAAUGUCACAGUAAGCUAGACAUGAAAGAUCAUAUAACGAAUAACAAUCAUUUAUUGGAUGAAGUGACAAAAGAAGAUUCAAAUGAAUCGAAUAUUGAUGCAGAAAUAAUAUGUACAGCUUGUAAAGAUGUCAGAAAUGAUCUCGUCACAACAUAUAGAGCAAAAUGCAAGCUUUGCAAUUCCAGCAUGACUUACAGAUGCAUCAAGUGCAAAACUGAAUUCAAUAGUAAAAGAGAAUUUUCUAAACAUGUAAGAUUAGAACACACAAUCAAAAGUUAAUAAGAGUCAGCCACAUUAGUGCAAUAAAUGUAUAUAAUAAAAAAA